UGAGAAGAGCUUCAGGAGCAGUUCUCAGCUCGAUUACCACGAGCGCAUCCACUCGGACAACAGACCCUACAAGUGCCCUGAGUGUGAGAAGGGCUUCAGAAGCAGUUCCAACCUGCUGAUCCAUGAGCGCAUCCACACUGGAGAGAGGCCGUUCAAAUGCUCUGAAUGUUCAAAGGGCUUCAAAAGAAGAUCCCACCUUGUGAUCCAUCAGCGGGUUCACACAGGAGAAAGACCCUACAAGUGCCCAGAGUGUGGGAAGGGCUACAAAACCAGUUCUCACCUCAUGACCCAUCAGCGCAUCCAUACGGGAGACAGACCCUACAAAUGUUCCAUUUGUGGAAAGGGCUACAAGAGCAGUUUUGAGUUCAAAUGCCACCAGCGUAUCCACACAGGAGAAAGACCUUACAAGUGUUCUGAGUGUGCAAAAGACUAUAAAACUAGUUACCAACUCAUGAUCCACCAGCGUAUCCACACCGGAGAAAGACCUUACAAGUGCCCUGAGUGUGCAAAGGGCUUCAAAAGCAAAUCUCAACUCAUGGUCCACCAGCGCAUCCACACAGGGGAAAAACGCUACAAGUGUCCUGAGUGUGCAAAAGCCUUCAGAAGCAGUUCCCAAGUCAUGAUUCACCAGCGUACCCACAGGGCACAGAAACCCUACAAAUGCUGUGAGUGUGAGGAGAGCUUCAGGAGCAACUCUGACCUCAUCUCCCACCUGCACAUCCACACAGGAGACAAACUCUAUAUAUGUGAUGAGUGUGGGAAGGGCUACAAAAGGAGUUCCAUGCUGCUCUCCCACCUUCACAUC